AUGUAUAAAACGGCAAAAAGAACGCCGCGUUUCCGUUCCGGUGAAACUACAUAUAUAAAUCUGGGUAUACGGAUUACGUUGUUAAACGGCGAGAAACGAUAUUCGUUUACAGCCGUUUUCUGCCUUAAACGGCGUUCGGAAUCAUCGACCUGGGAUGGUCAAAUUGAAAGAAAUAUUCAUCAUGAACAAUUAAAACGGCAAUUAGAAGAAAAACCAGCUUUGAAAGAAGAUGAGAUUGAAGUACAACUGGCAAAGCCUUAUAAUUUAAUUCAAGAGAAAUUUCAAGUGAACAUACGUGAUUUAAGAUCACUCAAGAGAGACCGAAAUGCAAUUGCACAUACUCGAAGAAAAUCCGAUGUUGAACAACGAGCACUCAUCGAAAAAGCCCGUCGUAUAAACAUGCCUUCUGAUUUUAAACAUAAAAAAGUUUUUUAUACUAUAAUUGAUGAACUUGAUGGGAAAUUCCAUCGAAUGUCAUAG